CGCGCACUCACCGGCUCGCCCCUCCAGUCCGGCUGCUCCUGUCCCCACUCCACCGGUCUGGGAUGUACCUUUCCAUCUGUUGCUGCUUUCUUCUAUGGGCCCCUGUCCUGACGCUCAAAAAUCUCAACUACUCAGUGCCAGAAGAGCAAGUGGCCGGUACCGUGAUCGGCAACAUAGGCAAGGAUGCUCGACUGCAAUCAGGGCUUCCGCCGGCUGAGCGAGGGGGCAGCGGAGGGCGAAGCAAGUCGGGUAGCUACCGGGUGCUGGAGAACUCGGCACCGCACCUGCUGGACGUGGACGCCGACAGCGGGCUCCUCUACACCAAACAGCGAAUCGAUCGUGAGUCCCUGUGCCGCCACAACGCCAAGUGCCAGCUGUCCCUCGAGGUAUUCGCCAACGACAAGGAGAUCUGCAUGAUCAAGGUAGAGAUCCAGGACAUCAACGACAAUGCUCCCUCCUUCCCCUCUGACCAGAUCGAAAUGGACAUCUCGGAGAAUGCUGCACCGGGUACCCGAUUUCCCCUCACCAGCGCACACGACCCGGACGCCGGCGAGAACGGGCUCCGCACCUACCUACUCACUCGCGAUGACCACGGUCUCUUCGCCCUGGACGUCAAGUCCCGAGGCGACGGCACCAAAUUCCCCGAGCUGGUCAUCCAGAAGGCGCUGGACCGCGAGCAGCAGAACUAUCACACGCUCGUGCUGACCGCCCUGGACGGUGGGGAGCCGCCACGCUCCGCCACGGUGCAGAUCAACGUGAAGGUGAUCGACUCUAAUGACAACAGCCCGGUCUUCGAAGCGCCCUCUUACUUGGUGGAACUGCCCGAGAACUCCCCGCUGGGCACCGUGGUCAUUGAUCUGAACGCCACAGACGCGGAUGAGGGGCCCAACGGCGAAGUGCUCUAUUCUUUCAGCAGCUACGUGCCCGACCGCGUGCGGGAGCUCUUCUCCAUCGACCCGAAGACCGGCCUGAUCCGGGUCAAGGGCAACCUGGACUAUGAGGAGAACGGUAUGUUGGAGAUCGACGUCCAGGCCAGAGACCUGGGACCCAAUCCCAUCCCGGCCCACUGCAAGGUCACAGUCAAGCUCAUCGACCGAAACGACAACGCGCCGUCCAUCGGUUUCGUCUCCGUGCGCCAGGGGGCGCUCAGUGAGGCCGCCCCGCCUGGCACUGUCAUUGCCCUGGUGCGGGUCACUGACCGAGACUCGGGCAAGAACGGGCAGCUGCAGUGUCGGGUCCUGGGUGGAGGCGGGACGGGCGGCGGCGGCGGCCUGGGCGGGCCAGGGGGUUCCAUCCCCUUCAAGCUGGAAGAGAACUACGACAACUUCUACACAGUGGUGACUGACCGCGCGCUGGACCGGGAGACCCAGGACGAGUACAAUGUGACCAUCGUGGCGCGGGACGGGGGCUCGCCUCCGCUCAACUCUACCAAGUCGUUCGCAGUCAAGAUUCUGGACGAGAACGACAACCCUCCUCGGUUCACCAAAGGGCUCUACGUACUGCAAGUGCAUGAGAACAACAUUCCAGGAGAAUACCUGGGUUCCGUGCUCGCCCAGGAUCCUGAUCUCGGUCAGAACGGCACUGUGUCCUACUCCAUUUUACCCUCGCACAUCGGUGAUGUGUCCAUCUACACCUAUGUGUCUGUGAAUCCCACCAACGGGGCCAUAUACGCCCUGCGCUCCUUUAACUACGAGCAGACCAAGGCUUUUGAGUUCAAGGUGCUUGCCAAGGACUCGGGGGCGCCCGCGCACUUGGAGAGCAACGCCACAGUGAGGGUGACGGUGUUAGACGUGAAUGACAACGCGCCCGUGAUCGUGCUGCCCACGCUACAGAACGACACCGCCGAGCUACAGGUCCCGCGCAACGCUGGCCUGGGCUACCUGGUGAGCACCGUGCGCGCCCUCGACAGUGACUUCGGAGAGAGCGGCCGCCUCACCUACGAGAUUGUGGACGGCAACGACGACCACUUGUUUGAGAUCGAUCCGUCCAGCGGCGAGAUCCGCACGCUGCACCCCUUCUGGGAGGAUGUGACGCCCGUGGUGGAACUGGUGGUGAAGGUGACAGACCACGGCAAGCCCACUCUCUCCGCGGUGGCCAAGCUCAUCAUUAGGUCCGUGAGCGGCUCCCUGCCCGAGGGGGUGCCCCGGGUGAACGGCGAGCAGCACCACUGGGACAUGUCCCUGCCGCUCAUCGUGACUCUCAGUACUAUCUCCAUCAUCCUCCUAGCGGCCAUGAUCACCAUCGCUGUCAAGUGCAAGCGCGAGAACAAGGAGAUCCGCACUUACAACUGCCGCAUCGCUGAAUACAGCCACCCGCAGCUGGGCGGGGGCAAAGGCAAGAAGAAGAAGAUCAACAAAAAUGAUAUCAUGCUGGUGCAGAGCGAGGUAGAAGAGAGGAACGCCAUGAACGUCAUGAACGUGGUGAGCAGUCCCUCCCUGGCCACCUCCCCUAUGUACUUCGACUACCAAACCCGCCUGCCCCUCAGCUCGCCCCGGUCAGAGGUGAUGUAUCUCAAACCAGCCUCCAACAACCUCACUGUCCCCCAGGGGCACGCAGGCUGCCACACAAGCUUCACAGGACAAGGGACUAAUUCGAGCGAGACCCCUGCCACUCGGAUGUCCAUAAUUCAGACAGACAAUUUUCCCGCAGAGCCCAAUUACAUGGGCAGCAGGCAGCAGUUUGUUCAAAGUAGCUCCACGUUUAAGGACCCAGAAAGAGCCAGCCUGAGAGACAGUGGGCACGGGGACAGUGAUCAGGCUGACAGUGACCAAGACACUAACAAAGGCUCCUGCUGUGACAUGUCUGUUAGGGAGGCACUCAAGAUGAAAACUACUUCAGCUAAAAGCCAGCCACUUGAACAAGAACCAGAUGAGUGUGUUAAUUGCACAGAUGAAUGCCGAGUGCUUGGUCAUUCUGACAGGUGUUGGAUGCCACAGUUCCCUGCAGCCAAUCAGGCUGACAACGCAGAUUACCGCACAAAUCUCUUUGUACCCACAGUUGAAGCUAAUGUUGAGACUGAGACUUAUGAAACUGUGAAUCCCACUGGGAAAAAGACUUUUUGUACAUUCGGAAAAGACAAGAGAGAGCACACUAUUCUCAUUGCCAAUGUUAAACCUUAUUUAAAAGCCAAACGUGCCCUGAGCCCUCUCCUCCAAGAGGUCCCUUCAGCAUCAAGCAGCCCUACCAAGGCCUGCAUUGAGCCUUGCACCUCAACAAAAAGCUCCCUGGAAGGUUGUGAAGCAAAACAAGGAGCCCUGGCCGAGGCAGGUGGUCAGUUCCUGCCCACUGACAGUCAGUAUCUGUCACCCAGUAAGCAACAGAGAGACCCUCCCUUCAUGCCCUCCGAUCAGAUGGCAAGGGUCUUCGCGGAUGUGCAUUCCAGAGCCAGCCGGGAUUCCAAUGAGAUGGGUGCUGUCUUGGAGCAGCUUGACCAUUCCAGCCGGGAUCUGGGCAGAGAUUCGGUGGAUGCUGAGGAAGUUGUGAGAGAAAUUGAUAAGCUUUUGAAGGACUGCCGUGGGAAUGACCCGGUGGCUGUGAGAAAAUGAGAGCAGACACAGUGAGAGACAGAGAGAGAGAGAGACAGAGAGAGACAGAGAGAGACAGAGAGAGACAGAGACAGAGCGUGGAGGGAAAGCAUUGGCAUUUUCUUGUCUCUUCUGUUGAUUGAAGAAUGAUUACUCUUGGGGACAACCCAUUUCACAGAGAGGAAGAAAGACCAAUGCUGCUUUACGGCUUUUAGUGAACAUCUGAAGUGCCCACAAGUAUGUUCUUUUCACUGUUGUUUCUUUUUUCAGAGAUAACAAUGGUUUUGUUUCAACCAAACUUAUAUAAGGACAAAAUUAAUGAUGUUAAAGAGAAAAGAGAAGAAAAGGAGAAAAGAAAAAGGAAGAUGAGUAUGCCACUUACCUUUUGACAAUCUGUUAGGAAGGUACGCAGUGUGCGAAGUGAAAUAUUCUGAUCACUCUAAGACUGUGCUCCGCGAUUUAUGCUGACUUAACUGUUUACCUAUCAACCCAUACAAAGCAGGGUCGUCAUCUGUGAUCUGUGGUGGAGCUCUAGCAGUCAUCACAGGCUUCUACUCAAAGUCCUGAAAAGACCUUGCAGUAGUCCAAGCUACACCAAACAUUAACACAUAUUUGUGGUAAACAUUUCUGUAUAAAGUUACCUGCCACACAUAUAAACACAAAGACCAUUCCAUAUCAUUAGUCAAAAACAAAAACAAAAAAAAAAAAAGAAAAAAAAAAACUUGAUCAUUUGUAAGACGCCUCAUGUCGUAUAAAAGUUAAAUGUAAAAAGAAAUAGUCCAUUUUGUCCUGCACACACGUAGACUAAUUUACUUCAUUAAAGGAGAAGAAAAUUUAAAGAUUUAAAAUGCCUAUUUAGCAUUUUAGUGUCCAACAAAUAUAUAAAUAAUUGGUUGGUUUUAAAUUUGACAUACAAAUAUUCUGAACAAUAGCUACCAUUGAGUGGUAAUAGUCAGAGAAAAUUAACACAAUAUGUUGUAUUCGUUUGUGGACACUAAAAUAGCUCAGGAAAGUGAAAAUGUCUUAGACAUACACAAAUCACAUGACCAUUUAAAUGUGCAAAUGUAAGAAGAUUCAAUGUGUUUACAUCAAAUGACAUAUUUUUAUUGAUUUAUUGCAGAUUCCGUGCAUAUGAGCCAAAUUGUUGAGUGUAUAAGAGCUAUAUUGUGUAUUUUAUUAAAUUAAUAUAUAGUUGUGUUGCAAAAAUAUUUGGGCUUAUAUUGUAAAUGGCAAGUGUUGCCUCGGUAGCUGUCGAACUCUAUGAGUUUUGUUUUUUCCUGCUUCCUUUUCCCCAUGGAGCGUGGGAAGCAGUGCCUCAGAGCAAAGUCUCUUGUUUAAUGUAUAGUCUACCAAGUACUACAGUACAUAAUCUGUUCAAAAUGUGUUUGAGUGAGCUGAUGGAGCUAACUGAAAGGUCAAAAAAUACAUCCGUCAGUCAUGGUUCUGUGCAAGUCCUUGUAGAAGCUUUUAUUAAAGUCAUGCUAAAUCAUAAGAACUACAUUUGUACCAAUACCUGAAACUUCUUCACGUUGUUUUCCAUAAGGCUUCUGCCUAUGUAGAUAUCAUGUUAUUGGUUGGUUCUCAAAAGUAUCUUAAGUGAUUCAGAAGUGUCUUUCCAUUAUAUUUUAAAAACAUGAAAAAUGCAUUAAUGCAUGUGUGGUACCAGCGCUGGUUACUUGCAUUGUACAGUGUUUUUCAAGAGCUCUGGGUCUUAACAAAGUCUUUUUUUCCUUAUAACACUGCUCCUCUGCCUCUUUUUAUUGGUGUCCUUUGAGAACAAUACACUUUCUAGUCCAUCAUUUGGUUGUACCUUUCCUUGUGACAUUUAGCACAUUUCAAACUUUCUUCUAUAUGAGGCUAAGAAACCUCUAAUUUCAGGAAUUGGGAAAAAUAAAAUUAGCACUUGCAGAAGUAGUAGCAGAUGGGAAAAUGCCUUGAUUGACAUUUUCCUUCAGCAUUUAAAAUUUUUGGCAUUUUACACCUUCAUGGCUAAUGGUUUUGAGGCCAUAACUUAGACAAUGUGGUGCUGAGUUAAAUAAAGGCUGUUUGUGCACUGGAGCAGAAAAAAAAUGUAUUAUUUGCAAAUUGGUGGAGAAUCCUGUGCCUUCUUUUCUGGCCACCAAGCCAGUGUAGAAACAGCAUAAAUAUCAUACAAUCCUUAUAUUGUCAACAAAAGCAAAAGCAAAAGCAAAAAAAAAAAACAUUGAACUAAAUUAAGUUUUUGUAAUUUUAAACCUCAAAAAAUUCUGCUGAAAAUAUUUCCAUCUCUGAUAUCAAGAUUUCAGACUGUAUCUUGUUUGCAAAAUUGCUUUGGGAGAGAAGAAUGGACAACUCCCAUCAGCCUUAUUCUCUUGAGAACUGUAUUUGGUUCCUAGUAACAGCCUUUCCAAAGCUCUACUCUUGGUUUUUAUUAUUAGUAAAUGUUUAAAUUAGAAAAGAAGGGAUCUUGUACAUGUGAAACCUAAUUGACGCUCUAUAUUUUGGACAAUUUAUGUAUCUGAAAUGUGUUGUCUCUGUUAUAUGAUGUUAUUUUGCCAGGAGACUACAGGUUGGUUUAGCUUGAUAGUUGAAAUUUGAUGGAAAACUGAUUUCCAUUUAGUCUUAUUGUUGCCUCUCUCUUACUAGACAGAUAACCAUUAGUAAAACCUAAAGCAGUAUGUAAAUGAAAUCAACAAAGAGAGUGAGGUAUAUUUUAAAAAUAUUCUUAACAUUAAGUAACCAGUUGUUCAGUUUCUCAUAUUUGUCUGAAGACAUCCAAACACCAUAAGAUUUUAUAAAUUGGUUGUGCCAAUGUGUGAGGAAUUUACCUUUAGGCUUCCUGUCACCAGUGAUUUACUAGUUUUAGCUGCUUAACACAUUAUCUGUAUUUAGUAGUGAUUAUUUAUUUACAAGUUGGUGGUAAUUCAGCAGUCAGGACUCUAAGCUUUUAUAGUCAAGGGAAUCUUGUUUUUAUUCAUUUCCCUGGCAACUGCCUUUAUCACAAACCUCUGGUGCUUGGCUUCCCAGGAAGCCCAUGAGAUGCCAAAAUCACACCUUUGGGGAGCAAUUGCUCUAAUGGAUGAUGCAUAAUCUGUGAGUUUUGGAGGAGUUUCAGCAUAAUUUUGAAUGUGAAAAAAAUCUUAAUUUACGUCUUUCAAAUACUAUUCCCUCAAAAAAGUCACACAUUCAAAGUAAAAAAAAAAGAUACUCCUUUAUUUUUUAGAUUCUUAUGCAACUGAAGUCAAGCACAGAAAAAUCUGUUUAUGGUAAUUUUAGUACAAAAUCCAAAGUUCUAAAAAAUGCUUAUGGUGAGCUAAAAAUUUUUUAAAAAUCAGUAAAAAAAUAAUUUUUAUCAGAUAUCAAUGAUGAAAAUUCUUUCAUCACAAUUAAAAGUAGUAAGAAUCAGUGUUAGUUAUAUCUAUACCAAAGUAAACAUUAAAGAGACGUAUCAUGCAAUUUCAAAGAAUUAUUUCACACUGUUUCUUAACCUAACAUGUUUAUCUUAUUACAGGCAGCAUAAAAAAUCCUAUUCCAUAAACAAAUUGAAUUCCUGGUGGAGAAAUUUACUUAUUUUAUGUCCCCAAAUUAGCUGAGAUCUUGUAAACAUGACUUCCCUUUAAAGGAUCUAGACACUGCUCAAUUUAAAAAAUGGCGCCGUGAAAAAAGUCAUGUAGUAAUAGAGCAGGAUACUUUAUUAGAACCAGGUUAAAAGCUGUUUGUUGUCUAAUGGCAUACAACUUGCUGAGGUCAACAAAUAGACAGAGGUCUGGCAUAAUCUAUGCCCACUCAUUAUUGUCUAAUUAUAUUCUUUUGACAACAGACAGCCUUUAUCAGAACAUUAAUUUAAAUGAGUGUUUCGGCUAUCAAGAUGUGCUGAUUUAAAGUGUGAUUGAAUGAGACCUGAUUAAAGUCUGACUUUCCUGGCCCCAGUGUUUUGCAGGUUAGCUGUUCCCAUUUAUCAGCCCCAUCACUCCAUCAGGUUCUUAGCUGCACCAAGUGAUUGGUGAAUAAGGACAACAACAGCAACAAAAGCAGCAUACAUUUUAUGGAUUUAUCUCAACGCUAUCGUUUAAUGGCUGUGUUUAAUGUGACCUAUCUGGAAAAUGAGGACUCCGAAUAAAAAGCUAUUACUAAUAGUGGUGUUGCCUUCCCUUGAAUUCAUUAACACAGAAGUGAUGUUUUGUAUACUGCAUACCACAAUGACCUGGAUUUUAAUUACUUUGGAAAGUGAAGUAUGGCAUCACAGCUAUUUUUGAUAAUUAUCAGUUUGCCAGUAAAAUGAGAUUUGUAAAAAAAUUUUACUUAAGAAUGUCACUCUACAGGAUAUCAGAUAUCUUGGAUAAGUGGGCUAGUGAAAUAAUUAACAUGAAAUCAUAGCCUAAUAAACCUUGGGCCUUUUAAAAUGUAUAAUUGAUGUGACAAUAAUUCGGUACAUGGUCCUAGACAAAUUCAGAAAUGACACUUUACCAACCUCUUAUAUUACUGCAUGAGUGAUGAAAGGAGAUAUUUGUAAAUGGCAUUUUAAAGUACACAUAUGUUUAUUAUGGUAUUUUAAAAUGAUAAUUUUGUCCUACUAGUCCACAAAUAUUCUGCAUUUCUCUGUAUUUGCCUUGAACUAAUACGUCAUAGGAAUAAAGAGUAAAAGAAUUGUGCCCCGGUUAAAGUCAAGUAAAUUCUAAGACACAUUCGUCUUUAUAUAUUGAUUUUGAUUGUUUUUCUUUUGUUUCCCUUAUCCACACAUCCUAUAUUUCUGCUCCCUAAUUUACAGUGG